UUUGUGGAAGGUUUUGAAGAUCAAAAGCACCAUCUAAUUAUAACUUUAGCAGCUAUUUGUGCUUUAAGAGUUACAAGAUUGCCAAAGCAUGGGGCCAAAUUAAAAGGGACUCUAGAGUGUCAAGUUGAGAAGUUUGAACAUGGAAUGUUUGGAUACUAAAUGCUUUUAGAGGAGUGAUGAGGUACACAUUUGAAGAUUAAUCUGGGGUGCAAUGCAGCACAGAUUAGAGGGAGUUAGAUCACAGAUUAUAACUUUGUAUCAAUAAGCAAUCUAUAAAGUGCCAACAUGGGAAAAAAACGGACAAAGGGGAAAACUGUUCCAGUGGAUGAGUCCUCAGAAUCUUUAGGGCCUACAUGCAAACAUCUCAGAAAAGGAUUAGAACAAAGUCAUUUGAAAAAAGCUUUAGUGAAUGUGGAAUGGAACAUUUGCCAAGACUGUAAGACAGACAAUAAAAUAAAAGAUAAAUCAGAAGAAGAAACAGAAGAAAACCCCUCAGUUUGGCUGUGUCUUAAAUGUGGCCAUCAGGGCUGUGGCAGAGAUUCUCAGGAGCAGCAUGCCCUGAAGCACUAUGAGACACCAAGAUCUGAGCCUCACUGUCUAGUUCUCAGCUUGGAUACCUGGAGUGUCUGGUGUUACAGCUGUGAUGAGGAAGUCCUCUAUUGUAGUUCAAACCGAUUGCGCCAAGUGGUUGACUAUGUUAGAAAACAAGUUGGUAUUACUGCUCUAAAACCAGCAGAGGAAGGUAAUGGAAACAUCAAACUUGAAAAUAAAAAGUUAGAAAAAGAGAGUAAAAAUGAACAAGAGAGAGAACAAAAGCAUAAAAGGGAAAAUGUGGCUAAAGAAAAUACUUCCGUGAAUUCCUCUUCCCAAAUAAUCAUGAAAGGGCUCAGUAACUUGGGAAACACAUGCUUCUUCAACGCAGUGAUGCAGAAUUUGUCACAAACACCAGUGCUUAAAGAACUACUAAAAGAAGUGGAAAUGUCUGGAACAGUUGUAAAAAUCGGACCACCUGAUUUGGCAUUAACGGAACCCUUAGAAGUCACUCUUGAGCCUCCUGGCCCUCUUACUUUAGCCAUGAGUCAGUUUCUCAGUGAAAUGCAAGACACCAAAAAGGGAAUUGUGACGCCUAAAGAACUCUUUUCCCAGGUCUGUAAAAAAGCAGUGCGGUUUAAAGGCUACCAGCAGCAAGACAGCCAGGAGCUCCUUCGCUACUUGCUGGAUGGAAUGAGAGCAGAAGAAUACCAAAGAGUGAGUAAAGGAAUUCUUAAAGCAUUUGGUAAUUCUACAGAAAAAUUGGAUGAAGAAGUAAAAAAUAAAGUUAAAGAUUAUGAAAAGAAAAGGUCAAUACCAAGUUUUGUGGACCGCAUCUUCGGUGGUGAACUGACUAGUACCAUCAUGUGUGAUGAAUGCAGGACUGUCUCCUUGGUUCACGAGUCUUUCCUAGAUUUGUCUCUCCCGGUUUUAGAUGAUCAGAGUGGUAAGAAAAGUAUAAAUAGUAAAAAUCUGAAAAAGACAAUGGAGGAAGGAUAUCAAGACAGUGAGGAAGAAAACGACAGUGACAGUUACAUAAAAGCAAGAAACGAUAUUCCAUCAGGAACAAGUAAACACUUACAGAAAAAAGCAAAGAAACAAGCCAAAAAGCAAGCUAAGAACCAACGAAGACAGCAAAAACUGCAAGAGAAACUUCUUCAUUUAAAUGAUAUUUGUACCACUGAUCAUCCUGAAAAUAAUGAAUGUGAGGCUGAAAUCUCACUUCUUGAAGAAAUAGAUACAAAAUCGAAACAUAUUUCUCAAGAGGAAGUUACACAGAAAGAAUUUUAUGUAGGCCAGAAUGACCAGAAUGGCCAGGUGAAGACAACAGAAAGUACAACUGACAAUCAGAACUCCCCAGCGGAGACAGACAUGAAAAACAUCACCAUGAAUAAUGAUACAGAGAUUUUGCCAUCUUCUCCCUCUGAAUGUACUGGGAAUAUAAAUGGUGCCUACCUAGAGGAAAGGAGUAAUGGAGAACUGGACAUUGUGAGCGGUUUGGAAAACCUUAACCUGAAUGCUGCUGUUCAGCCUGAUGAAAUAAAUCUAGAAAUUCUGAGUGACAGUCCUUCUUCCGGGACAAAGGUGUAUGAGCUUGUAAAUGAAGAUCCAGAAACUGCUUUCUGUACUCUAGCAAACAGGGAAGCAUUCAGCUCUGAUGAUGGUUCAGUCCAACACUGUUUAUAUCAGUUUACCCAGAAUGAGAAGCUUCAAGAUGCAAAUAAACUGCUUUGUGAUGUGUGCACAAGGAGACAGUAUAAUGGACCAAAAGCCAGUGUAAAAGGUGAAAAGAAGCACAUUUACACCAAUGCCAAAAAGCAGAUGCUGAUUUCUAUUGCGCCUCCUGUACUUACACUUCAUUUAAAGAGAUUUCAGCAGGCUGGUUUUAACCUACGCAAAGUUAACAAACACAUAAAGUUUCCGGAAAUCCUAGAUUUGGCUCCUUUUUGUACCCUUAAAUGUAAGAAUGUCACAGAAGAAAGCACGAGAGUACUAUAUUCCUUAUAUGGAGUUGUUGAACACAGUGGCACUAUGAGGUCAGGACAUUACACCGCCUACGCCAAGACGAGAGCUGCAAACAGUCACCUCUCUAACCUUGUUCUUCAUGGUUAUAUUCCACAAAAUUUCGAAAUGGAAUCAACCAAAGGCCAGUGGUUUCACAUCAGCGACACACACGUGCAAGCUGUACCUGUAACAAAAGUGCUAAACUCACAAGCUUACCUCUUGUUCUAUGAGAGAAUGCUAUAGUAACAAAAUGCUUUCUCCUGAAGCACAAAAGUUUUAUACUGGCUAUAAUACAAAAGACUAAAUCAUGUUUACUUAAGUAUAUGACAGAAGAAAUUAUGGCUAUUUUAAAUAUCAAAAGACAAAAUACUUAAAUUCAGAAUGUUUUUUGUAUUAUAGGUUUUUAUUCUUGCUUCAUUUCUAGAAAGGAAAUUUGAAUUACAUAUGUCCUGUCCUUAACAUGUCUGGGUGCAUCUCGACACAUCAAUAAACUUGACUUACCCUCAAAA